AUGUAUGACUUUUUUAUUUUAAGGGGAAUUGAAAGUAGAAGAAAAGCGUCAUGGGAGUGCUGCAGCAACCACGUCAAAGACAACGGACGACCUCACCCAACCAUUACUUCUACGCACACUAAUAACACAAACAAUAACAUUAACAAUGUCAAUACCAGCAACAAUAACGAUGAUGAUAACAACGCCUACAACCUCACCAAACCAACAGAUACCACGCUCAUAAUAAAUAACACAAACAAUAACACUACUAACGUGAACACCAGCAACGCUAACGAUGAUGAUAACAAUGCCGACGAAGGCAACGCUAACAAUGAUAGCGAUAGCAACUUUAUUGAUAAUCAACAUAACGAAGAUAUUGUAAAUAAUACGAAUCACAAUAACGAUAAAGGUCACGGUAUAAACACACCAAGUAACGAUACGAAUGUACAAAUUACGAUUACAACGACUACAGCAACAACAUCAGACUCUGUCCAGGAACCUAUUAUGAAGCGCCCAAGGAGUUCAACAUGUACCCAAGGCACUACUCAAAGAGUGGUUAUAGGUAUAUUUAGAUAUUGUUAUACUAUCUUGAUCAUGAGUGUUUGUUGCCAAUUAAUAACAUUACAAUUGACGAGCUUGGAAUGCACUUACUUGCAUAUUGUUUACAAAAUUUCAAAUAACAUAUGUUUUCAAUAUUAUAUUCUCAUUUUGAACUUGUACUACUGUAUAUUUUUGAUAACCUGUGUUACAACCUACCAGACGAAGGGCUUUAAACGUGAAAACCUGUUCUUAAUUUUUAAAAGUUAAUGUAAAGACGCUUUGUUUAAUACAUUUUGAACUCAGCUCUACAGUUGUAAAAUAUGAUUAGAUAUAUAUUACUACUGAUUCAGAAUUUCUAACACUUUCCCGGUUCGCCAUGCUUGUAAAUUAAUGCAGACUAGAGAUUCAACUAGGAAGUUCGGAAGGUGUGAAAUAUUAAUAACAUUCCAAUGGUUGCGUCUGACCUUUGGAAUGCAGGCCUGUGCAGAACGUAUGCACAGAACGGACUUUACAUCACCUUUAAGUGGCUACUUCCUAUAUAUAAGAUUGUCACAUCGGAUAUCGAAUUCAACAGUUUGUAUAUACAGUACUCUGUGUGUCCCCGAACAUUUUGUAAAUUUGCAUGUGUCCCGAAUUUGUUUGAUAUAAGGUUGCGUAAAAGCUAGAAGUAAUACUCGACUUCCGACUUUACAAGGAUUUGAACUAACUUCUCAAACUGAUCGAUUAUGUAAUUUGCCUGAAUUUCAAAGCACUAGCAUAUUAAUUUCUUUCGUGUUUUCUAAUGGAUUAUUGAUGAUUUAAAGUACAGGGUGUAUAAAAAAGAAGACCUUUAGAAAUUAGCCUAUUGUUAUACUUUCAAUUCCCAAACACUAUACACGCUAAGCCACGGGGGCGUACAAACACGAAUUAUUUAAUUGAAUUUUAUGCAUGGGAAAUUAUUUUUAAAAGAUCUUCCAUUUCAUCCAACAUGUCAACAUAUGAAUUAAUACACUUGUUCAUUAAUUUAACGUAGCGCUUAAGUCUUAAUACAAGUGUCAAAUAAAACCCCCAUUUCUUUCAACACAAUGCCAAUGUGCUGUUACCCUGGAUUCCAGAGCCUUCGACAGUAAAUAAUAAAUUGAAAUGUUGUGAAGGCUCUGGUUCAACAGGGCGAUUCUUUGAUUAAGCCGCGCCAAUCACAUUUCAAUUUAUUAUUUACUGUCGAAGGCUCUGGAAUCCAGGGUAAUGCGCUGUUCGCUUGUGCAUACAACAGAUAUUGUAAUGUAUGCAUGUACCUAUCAAUAUUUUACGCAUCCGUACACUUGGCAUGGUUCAGGCAUUGAAAUUAUGACAUUAGGACAAUUUCUGAUCAUGUAUUUGUACUUAAUUUUUAUUUAUUAUGGGGAUAUUUGCAUGGUUUUCUGAUUGGUCUAAAAAAAUUACCAAUCACAACGCAAAGAACAGAACAAGAAGUUAGGACCUUUGAACAGAAGUGAGGAACAUUUAAUUAAUUAGCUUAGGAACAUUGCAAAUUCCAUCCAAGGAUUUGCACCUUAGCAAACAUGCAAAGCAAUUAGGGAAAUUCCAAAUGAGUUAUGAACUCAAAAGAGAAACGCUUUACAUAGUUUACCUGUAACGAUAUUUGGUAAAUGUCAUUUGACGACCGCUACAACUGAAAACAGUAACUGUAACGUGCAUCUCGCGUUUGGUGUGACAAAUAUUGCAGCGUUGUAAAUAUACCUUCAAGCAGGGGAUGCAUUAUGAUACUGACAGCCCCAGAAGUGGAAAACAAUAUGCAUAAGAUGUGGUGUAGCAGAAUCCGAGUCCUUCGCUUUUUUCUUGUUUAUAACUUUCUAAUAUUACUGAUUUUCUGCAUGGGAACAUAUGCUAUUGUAGAAAUCCUGCCACAUUUUCAUUUUUAAUUUUGCUACUUGUUGAUGUUGUUGUUACCUCCGCCAGGAGGUUAUGUAAUCAUCUGAUUUUGUAUGUGUAUGUGUGUGUGUGUGUUUGUCUGUGAGCACGAUAACUCAAGAAAUACCAACCAUAUCCAUACGAAAUUUUUUGAAUGUAUUUCCCACCGGCUAAGGAAGAACUGAUUAAAAUUUGGUUGAAUUUGGUUAAAAAUUCAAUGAGAAAUAACAAAAGUUUGUCUUGCUUUUCCCGGUCAAUUAAAUAAAACUUUAUACUGAAUGCGUAAUUAGGACGUGUAUAAUUUAUGCACCAGCCAUUCCAAUAACAAUAGAUUACUUCAAUAGUUUGCGCGUAGGGCGGAGGUAUGCAGUCUCUGAGUGCCCUCUAGUUUUUCUAAUGGUUUGCCUUAGUUACCUUGUGGAUAAAAAAUUACUAAAUAUAUGAAACCUUCACUAAUAUCUCGCAUAAUUUUAGUAUCGAACUGUCUCUAAGCCUCAUUUUGUAUAAUUUCUUGGAAUUAACAACGACCACAUGUUUAAAAAUAAAACAAUUUUAUUGUUUACAACGUUUCGGAGUGUUACUCCAUCUUCAGGUAAUAGAGAUUGCCACCGACUCCUAAACGUUGUAAACAAUAAAAUUGUUUUAUUUUUAAGCAUUUGUGGUCGUUGUUAAUUCCAAGAAUUGAAAUAAUAUCUCAUGUAAAUGAAAUCAAUAUCACACCACUUUGGCUACAUUGGUUUUGAAGACUUUCGUUUCAGGUCAUCAAUUGUUUGUGAAUAAUAUCAAAUGUUAGAAACGUGCUGUUUCGCAACAACCAUGGAGUAUUUCUACAUUAUUAACUAUCUAUUGUUAUCUUUAUUUAUUUUAAGACGAAGGUUCAAAAUUAAUGGUAUUGGAUAAAGACAAGAAAGCUCAAGCUUUAUGCACAUUGUUUUCUAUGAAAACAUUGCACAACCAUGUUUUACCAAAAGGUCAUGUUGGUAUCGCAAUUUAUUACGUUGUACCAGAUUGUACGCUUAAGCCAGUUUGUCCAACAGAGUUUGAUGGGGACGUCAUUGAGAAGGGUGGCUAUUACAUCUGGCCGAUUGAGUUGUUGGCAUCCCACGAAAAAUUAUUGAACGGUGAAUUUGUAAAUAUUGUAAAUAAUUAAGAGGCUGUCUGCCUAAGAGCGGUCCAAUCGUUUUCGCGUCAGAAAUUAAAAGUCCUUCUUAAUUUUUCACUUAAAAGGACUUGAUGUGUAAGUUUCAAAAUGGGUAUUCUUUUGAGCUCAAUCUUUUUUCCGUUCAGACACAAGACCGAUUUCGUUUUCUAGACUAGACAUCCAUUUUGAGGCCGAUUCCGUACCCGAAAUUUGCGAAAAUCUAGAGGUGCGCUGCAGGAAAACAAACAAGUGUCAGCAAAACAUUUCUAUACCAUAAUAUUAAGAUACAUUUUAAUAGUUCAUGACUGCAAGAUCGUGGACAAACAUAAAAAUAUAAAUAAACUAAGCCCACUGAAAGACGCCUGUAUGCUAAGGCGAUCCGAAUAUACUAAAAAAUUACCCAAAAUUAGAGGCUAAAAUCUCGAAUUCGGCACCGAUAUUGGGGACAAAUCACAUUCUAUAGUCGAGAUCUUACCUCGUGCUGAUAGUUUAUUAUAUCAAAGUUGUGGGUAUCGCUUUGAAUUUGACGCGAGUUGAACUUCCGUCUCGAGUAAUACGCCAUUGUUUACAAUAUCUUGUUGUCAAGUCACGGGCGCAGAGAAAUAUUCAAACACGCAUUAUAGUAAUUAUACGGCAUUCCCAAGCACAGUUUUAUCCAUAGAAGCAUCUUUGACGUGUAAUUCUUUCAAAUUUUUCUCUUGGACCAGUGUUUUAGCGAAAGAAUCAGAAUUAGUGAGCCGUGUUUAA